AUGCUUAAUUACAAGCGAGAAAUUUUCAGAAUUAAUAUUAGGCAAUAAAAGCAUAAGGAAAUUUUUCUUUAGAAAAGAAUUGUCUCUCAAUAAAAGGAACAGGAAUAGAACUUUGAAAAACUAAUAGAGGCGAUGGAUAAUGCAAAAAUUAUAACUUUAAGAAAUUUAGAUCAAUUAAAUGGCUAUUUAUAAUACUUUGCUUAAAAAAAAUUAACAAUUGAUUAAAUUUUAUUGGUUGAACAUAAUGCCGAUACUUUAAUGACAAUUUUAACAAAUCAUAUCGUUUAUAAUGUGAAUGAACUUACAAAAGAAAUAUUAACUCUAUUAGUAAAUCUAGCCCAAUUUUCAGAGAAGAUUUCCAUUAAUUUGUUAAAAAGUAGCUUUGUUAACUGUAAUAUAAUUCAAAUAUUAUCAAGUUUUAUUUAAAAUAGGAUAGAAGUGAUUGUAACUCUUGAAUUGUUGAUGAAUUUAUGGGGAAAUUCUAACAGUCAUUAAAUAUAUGAUUAAAAUCUCAUAUUAACAAUUGAAAUAUAUCUAGAUUGUUGCAUUUCGAUAAAUGAUAAUAUAAGCAUUCAUUUAAUUUCAAAGUGUUUAAAGAAUUAUCUUCAAAACAUAUGCGAUGAAAAUAAUUUCGAAUAUGAAUAUUUAAUAAAUAUAGUAAGAAAACUACUAAACUAUGGAGUUCAGAAGAGUGUUGAUUUUUUAGAUGUCUAAAUAGAGGCAUAUUGCUCAAUAGUUCAACUAUUUAAUCAUAAUUUUGUAAUCCAGGAUCUGAAUAUGAUUUUAAGCCUUUUAGAUUAGUGUUUAAAGAAACCAGAAUUAAUAGAAAUGAUUACAAGAAUAUUUUCAUAUUUCAGCAUAAAUGAGCCAGAUAGCUUUUAUGAGAAAUUGAUUAUGUCUGUGAUUCAGUUUAGUAAACAUAUAAUUAGAUCUUCCCUUAAUGAGCAAAUUCCUUGCAUUCUAAAUUUAUGCAGUAUAAUUUUCCAUUAACAAUGUGAGAAGAACUACAAUAUUUUAUUGCCUUAUUAUAAUGAUUCAGUUAUCAUAAUGGAGAUUAUAAGACUUUAGGAGGAUGGUUAGCCAAGAAAGAUAAGGGAGGCUGCAAUAAGAUGUAUUAAAAUAUUGAUUGAAAACUCGAAUGAACAUUAACUUCAGCUCUUAAUUUAUGGUAAAAUACACUUAAAAUUGAUGGAUGUGCUUAAUGAUUUUUCUCUUAAUUCAAGUUCCAUACUAUUUACUUUAAUUUCUUUGAAUAAUCUAAUAAAAAUAUAAAGAAAUAAAUAUCCUGAAUUUUUAGAACUUUAAAAUCUUAUACAUUUAACACAAUAUAAAAACAAGGAUAUUUAAAAAAUAGCUUAUGAAAUAAUACAAUAAGUUGAAGAAAGUAAUCACAAUUGUAUGAGUAAUAUAUUACUAUGA